CCUCCCUAUGUGUAGAUUUAGCUCCACCCACAAUGCAAAUAAUGCCAAUUUUGAAAACAAAGUAAGCCUCCGUGAAUCUGCUCUUUUAUAAACAAACCCGGCCCGGAGAUGGACCCAAGACGGGAGCAGCUGGAUGCUUGGAGAAAAACUAAAGGGCGUACACCUAUGAAGCGCAUGUCCCUAGUGCAAGAAUGCCACAAGCCCAGUCCCAUUGGACACGGCAGCACCUCUCAUAGGAGUGUGUCCAGACAGACUAAACGUGGGGGCAGUGGUGGUAGUGUGAGGAAAAAUGGACAGAGAGUGGUCCAAUCAUCUCGAACACCACAGACACACACUAGCGAUCAGUCAACCAAGAAACUGACCAGAAGAGAACUGCUGGACCAAUGGCUUGCAGUUCACGGGAGGACUGUCAAGCGACCUCGUAGUGUGCUGCAACCACUCAAUCACAUGCUGUCUCGUACUGAGGUCAAGCCGACACGACCUUUCACCUCUGUAAGGGGAUUCCCCCAUUCUCCGCACACACUAAGACGUCUCAAAGAGCAACUGCAACGAGAGAUUGAUGAAGACUGCCAGGACAUGGAGUUGUCAGAAUGUGGGGAGGAUGAUAUUGCCAAACAGCUGAACUACAGCAGAGAGCUGGACUGCACUAACUGCCCCAUCUCUACUCCCACUGCUUCACACAAGGUACGGACCCGCCACUCACUUGCUGCCGACCCCACUCUCAUCUUCCCCUCCUCUACCAUCCGCUAUUCCCUCAGUCAUUUAGAGCCGCGGAGGAGGAAACACAAGAGAAGACACACAAUGUCUUCAACUUUUGGUGAGAAACGUACUGUCUACCUCACACCAGUGCGGAGGUCUACAAGAGAGAGUAGAGGAUACUACACUGGAGACGAGUGUAUCGACUCUCCCAGUCAGCUGACCAACUGUGACAUCACCGUCGAAAUCAUGCCUAAUAAAGCUCUAGAAUUUGACAAUUAGACUAAAUGUAGUACCUAUAUAUAGUGUGUGUGUGUGUGUGUGUGUGUGUGUGUGUGUGUGUGUGUGUGUGUGUGUGUGUGUGUGUGUGUGGGUGUGAGUGUGUGUGUGUGUGUGUGUGUGUGUGUGUGUGUGUGUGUGUGUGUGUGAGUGUGUGUGUGUGUGUGUGUGUGUGUGUGUGUGUGUGUGUGUGUGUGUGUGGUACAUGUACGGAGCUAUGUGUUUACUAUGACUUUAUAAUUAUACAGUUUGUAUAGAUGCUGAGUUAUUGUAACAAUGAAAUACAGACAGAUUUAAUUAUCAUGUAAUUAUCAUUUGCCAUGUAAUUUUGACAUUCUUUAAAAUCAAAGUUAAAGUUUUG